AUGGAAUUCGGCCAUGUCCAUGUUGAAGUGUGUGUCAAACAGGAAAGCGUUGCUGAUUACAAACAAUUGAGUACUGCCGUCGCAGAAUACCUCGGCGCCUCUUGUUCGCUCUUUUCUAUUGGUUCUGUAUCUUUACCUCUUGGAUCCCCACUUACAGCCCACGUUAAGCGGAUCAUCGUGACGGAACUUGAAGGCGAGGAGGCUAGCGGGUCCGGAAUUUUACGAGCAAAAGCUCAUUUGUACGUGCACGUAUAUAAACUAUGUGAUGAAGUCCCUGCGGAAGAGACUAUGGAUAACGAGGACGUUGCAACUUGUCAGCAAACAAUUCUUCCUGCUGCAAAUUAUGACGGACUUUGGGAGUCGCUUAUUUUUGACACACCAGUGAAAAAAAAUAUCUUGGACUAUGCUAUGACGGCCAUGCUGUUUUCGGAUCAUAAAGUGAAUUCGCACAUCAUUUCAUGGAAUCGAGUUGUGCUACUGCAUGGCCCACCAGGAACUGGAAAGACUAGUUUGUGCAAGGCAUUGGCUCAAAAGCUGAGCAUCCGUCUCUCCUCUAGAUAUCCAAACGCGGUUCUGUUGGAGGUGAAUGCGCACAGUUUGUUUAGCAAGUGGUUUUCCGAGAGCGGAAAACUCGUGAUGAAGCUCUUUUGUCAGAUUCAGGAACUUGUGGAAGAUGACGAGGCAUUGAUUUGCGUUUUGAUCGAUGAAGUAGAGUCACUUGCGGCAGCUCGAAAGUCUGCAGCAAGCGGCUCAGAUCCAUCCGACGCUAUUCGCGUAGUUAACGCAUUAUUGACACAGUUGGAUUCUCUAAAGCGGCACUCUAAUGUACUCAUUCUGACCACCUCAAAUAUCACUGAAGCUAUUGAUGUCGCUUUUAUUGACCGAGCCGACAUCAAGCAGUUUAUCGGACUCCCAACGUGUCAUGCCCGGUAUGAGAUAUUGCGGAGCUGUAUUCAUGAACUGCAACGUGUAAAUCUUCUCUUGCCAAGUUCACAAAGCCUAAUGUCAUUCGAAGAGCUCACAAGAAAAACGGCGUCACGAAAGGGCUUGAUGAAUGAAAAGACGAGUCUUGCAGAGGAAGCUGAAGAUAACAACGAAGACUUUGUCUUGUCACUUAAUUUAAUGCAAACUGCAGACUCAGCUGAAGGCUUUAGUGGUCGAGCACUUCGCAAGCUGCCUUUUCAAGCACACGCUUCCUUCGUUCAGACACAAAUGGUAUCAGUUUCCGAAUUUACUCGAUACCUGUCGCUUACCAUCCAGUCAGAGAAAAUGCAAAAGCAGCAAUUAUAA